GGCGGCGCCCGUCUGCAUCGGCUCCUGCCUGGUGGACAUCUCCUACAGCGAGACCAAGAGGAGGCACGUGUUCCGGCUGACCACCGCUGACUUCUGUGAAUAUCUCUUUCAGGCUGAGGACCGUGAUGACAUGCUGGGCUGGAUCAGAGCGAUCCGGGAGAACAACAGGGCCGAGGGCGAGGACCCCGGCUGUGCCAACCAAGCUCUGAUCAGCAAGAAGCUUAAUGAUUAUCGCAAAGUGAGCCAUAGCUCUGGGCCCAAAGCCGAUUCCUCCCCAAAAGGCUCUCGGGGCCUGGGAGGCCUCAAGUCUGAGUUCCUCAAACAGAGUGCAGCGCGUGGCCUCCGGACUCAGGACCAGCCAGCAGGGAGCAAGGAUGACAGUGUUGCAGCCCCCAAGACCCCGUGGGGCAUUAACAUCAUCAAGAAGAACAAGAAAGUGGCCCCGAGGGCGUUUGGGGUCCGGCUGGAGGACUGCCAGCCAGCCACGGAGAACCAGCGCGUCCCCCUGAUCGUGGCUGCCUGCUGUCGAAUCGUGGAGGCCCGGGGGCUGGAGUCCACGGGCAUUUACCGAGUGCCUGGCAACAACGCAGUGGUGUCCAGCCUGCAGGAGCAGCUCAACCGCGGGCCCAGUGACAUCAACCUGCAGGAUGAGCGCUGGCAAGACCUCAACGUGAUCAGCAGCCUGCUCAAGUCCUUCUUCCGGAAGCUGCCGGAGCCUCUUUUCACGGAUGACAAAUACAACGACUUCAUCGAGGCCAAUCGCAUCGAGGACGCCAGGGAGCGGAUGAAGACGCUGCGGAAGCUGAUCCGGGACCUCCCAGGCCACUACUAUGAGACGCUCAAGUUCCUCGUGGGCCAUCUCAAGACCAUUGCUGACCACUCAGAGAAGAACAAGAUGGAGCCCCGGAACCUGGCCCUGGUCUUCGGGCCGACGCUGGUGAGGACGUCUGAGGACAACAUGACGGACAUGGUGACCCACAUGCCCGACCGCUACAAGAUCGUGGAGACACUGAUUCAGCACUCAGACUGGUUCUUCAGCGACGAGGAGGACAAGGGGGAGAGAACCCCUGUGGAUGACAAGGAGCCUCAGUCAGUGCCCAACAUCGAGUACCUUCUACCCAACAUUGGCAGGACGGUGCCCCCCGGGGACCCAGGCUCAGCGGACCUGUUGGAGAUUUAAAGGAUUCCACUACCUGUAGUUCAGCCAAGUCCAAGGU